CUGGUUUCCUCCCCUAAAAAAAAGAAAGAAGGAAAGAAAGAAAGAAAUCCAUCAGUUUGUGAGCAGAGCUGAAACAGGAGCUGACCAUGAAGACGCUCGCUUUUCUCCUCUGCCUGGUCUUACUGACCUUCUGCACAGAAGCGAAUCCUGUGGUGAAGGAAAGCUUCGCAAAGCAACUUCUCCGCAGUAAGAGACAGAAGCCGGGUUAUCCUGACGAGCCGAUGAGGGAACACAUGUUGUAUUUGCAGCAGUUGGAGCUGAGAGCUCGUGAGACAAAUCUUGAAAACUGGAUGAAUCCUCAUUGCGCUCCUCGCUGUAACCGUAACUAUGGUUACCCCAUCUAACCGUCCGACAUCUCCAUCAGGAUGAAGAUGAAGAUGAUGAUGAAGAUGAUGAUGAAGAUGAUGACGCCGAGCUUUGACAGUGAAGGCAGUAAACAGGAAAUAAGUGCAGAUGUUUAGCUUAAAUCUCCUCUCUCAUCUGAUGCAGUAUUCACUCCAGCAGCACAUGAUCUCAACACCAGGCUUUUUUGUUUUUUAUUCCUGUGUAGAUGCAUGUAUUUAGAGAUUAAUGCAAAAAUAAAACGUUUUUUCGGCUUAUCCUGUAAUAAACAUCAGCUUUGCAGUUUU